AGAUACAAAACUUUGUACAGUAUUAAAAGUAUGUAAUAUUUUUUGGCUAUAUAAGUAGGUUUGCCCUCAAAGUUGCAUUUCACCAUCCUAUAAGACAUAAGUUAUAACAAGUAGCAAGAAAACCAAAUAGAAGAAAUGGCAAUGCCAACGAUAAACUUUGCUGAGCUUGAAGGUGCAAAAAGAAAUGAGACACUCAUGCUUCUGCAUCAUGCCUGCGAAAAUUGGGGCUUUUUUCAAAUUGAAAAUCAUGGAAUAGACAAAGAGUUAAUGGAGAAAGUGAAGCAAUUUAUAAACAAAUAUUAUGAAGAAAACUUGAAAGAUAGCUUCUUCAAGUCAGAUCUAAGCAAGGCUUUGGCGAUCAGAAAAGAGAUUGUUUCCAAUUCAGACUGGGAAAGCAGCUUCUUCAUUUGGCAUCGCCCCAAAUCUAAUUUGAAUGACUUUGGUGACUUCUCUCAAGAUUUUCGAAAAACAAUGGAUGAUUACAUUGAUGAACUAGUAAAAGUGGGAGAAAAACUAUCAGAGCUGAUGUGUGAAAACCUUGGCUUAGAAAAAGACUACAUAAAGAAGACAUUCAAGGGAAGCAAAGGCCCAGCAGUAGGAACAAAGGUAGCGAUAUACCCUGAAUGUCCGAACCCUGAACUCGUACGAGGCCUUCGAGAGCACACUGAUGCAGGUGGAAUCAUUCUCUUAUUGCAAGAUGAUCAAGUCCCAGGCCUUGAAUUUUUUAAAGAUGGAGAAUGGUUCAAGAUACCGCCUUCGAAAAACAACACCAUUUUUGUUAAUUUAGGGGACCAAAUAGAAGUGCUUAGCAAUGGAAAAUAUAAGAGCAUUUUGCAUCGUGUUAUGGCUGGAAAAAAUGGGAGUAGAUUGUCAAUUGCUACGUUUUAUAAUCCUGCAGGUGAUGCUGUUAUAACUCCUGCUAAAUAUAUGUUAUAUCCCGGGAAUUACAAGUUUCAGGAUUACUUGAAAUUGUAUUCAAGUACUAAAUUUUUGGACAAAGGUGAGAGGUUUCAGUCUAUCAAGGAUAUGGUCAAUGGAGAAGAAUAAAUGAUGAGAAAUUCAUCAAAGAUUCAAUACGCGAUUUAUACUGCUUACAUUUUUUUUACUGUAUUUUUUUGGAUUUUGAUCCAUUUACAAUUUAACUUAAUCUGAUUGUAAUCCUUGGACAAGUAUUGGAAACUUUCUUUAAGGCAAUGAUAUAUUUUGAAGUUGUUA